AUGAGCAAAUAUAACAACAAUGCACCGGAUGCAGAUGAUGCACCUCCACCUGCUUACCAAGAAGUAGCCACUCCACCUUUUAAUCCAAACUUCGUUUCACAUGCUCAUUCACCACCUCAUACGCCUGAACUCCACUAUCAACACCAUCCUCCCGAAGGUAGCCAAACCUUGUAUCCUCAAAUACCUACUUCGACUCCCGUAUUCCCACAACCUCAUCAUUACACAUCGCCUCCUCAACAACCUAUUGCACCUCAUAUGUAUAGUCCCUCGCCACAACCACAGCGUUAUCAACCACGUUAUCAAACCAUUGAUAUACCCUAUACUGCCAACGUGAACACACGAAGAACCCACGACCGAAAGUUUCCCUUGGCAGCCAUCUUCUUUUUAUUUGGCUGGUUUUGUCCGCCCUUGUGGGUCAUUGGCGCCUGUUGUUGUGCAGGAAGUCGUAACCCCUAUGAAGCCUUUUGGGGAAAAGCCAAUUUUAUCAUGGCUAUGGCAUUGAUUGUUUCUUCCAUUGUUUAUUCUGCCUUUGCCAUGUCAGAAUACAUGGCCUAA